CGAGAGCCCGCAUCGAGUUACCACCCGUCACGUGACACCGCCAACCUCACGCAUCGGUGCAGCAUCCAUCAAAUAUUUCCAUGGCCCUGCCGUCGGAACUCCGUAAUUUCUAAUACUGUGGCUGUAUUGCGCUGCUCUACUGAGCAAGUAGUCUACCGCCAAAAUGAGUGCGACGAGAUUGGACCGACUCGUAACGUUGCUCGAGACAGGUAGCACGGCAUUGAUUCGAAACACAGCAGCCGAUCAGCUUGCCGAUGUCCAAAAGCAACAGCCCGAUGGACUAAUCAAUCUUCUUGGACGUGUCAUUCCUUAUCUGCGGUCAAAGAGCUGGGAAACACGAGUCGCUGCCGCCAAGGCUAUUGGGGGCAUCGUUGCCAAUGCCGAGAAGUUCGAUCCCAAUGCUGACGACGAGCCUGUCAAGCUCGAAAUCAAGUCAGAAACGAACGGGCAUGUCAAAGUGGAGAAUGGAAAUGGCGACCUUCCCAAGAAAGAAGAGAAUGGCGAGUGUGUGUUUCCACCAACCGACGACAGACUCGAUCUCGCCACACUUGAUGUGUUUACCGUUCUAAAGUUCGGAAAGCAGCUCGCCAGCACCUGUGGAAAGGAGUAUGAAUACCAACUGGCAGGCUUGAGUCCCGCAGAGCGUUUGGCAGCCCUGAAAAAGACGUUGAACAAACGACUCGGCUUAGAAGGCGAAUACAUCGAAGCAAUAGCUCCCCUGAUCGACACAAUGGUCAAGACUCCGACUCCCGCAACCCGAACGCUCUCGAUGCCACGUAUCAACACGAACAUAUCACGAUCGGAUACAAUGACGUCUGCCGCGUCUCCACCAACAACGACACCAAACGGAGACGGGCAAGUUCUUAGCAAGCGGCAACUCAACCGAGAGAAACGAAAGGCGAAGAAAGAGGUGGCUCGGGGAGGUAACAAAGUGCAGAUUGUCGAGUUUGCGCGCAAAGACUCACAGCCAGAUACUGCACAGACGCCCGUGCGCGUGCAGCCUGUUGCCGUAAAGAAAGAGCAUACGGAAAACGGCGAAGAAGAUGACCUCCUCGACGACUACAUGUCAUUAGAUCGCAAAGGGGGUGACGACGACACAAAGUUUGUGAAAGAGUUCCAAGGCGCACCAGUACCGGAGAAAUCAUCAUUCGAGACUGACACGGAAGACCCUGGUGUGGCGUGGCCCUAUGAAUUGAUCUGCGACUACCUCGCUGUUGAGCUAUUCGACCAUGUAUGGGAAGUUCGUCAUGGCGCUGCAAUGGGAAUUCGAGAAAUUCUGCGUGUGCACGGCGCCGGCGCAGGGAGAUUCAAGGGCAAGACACGGACAGAGAACGACAAGCUGAACCAGCAAUGGCUCAACGACUUAGCAUGCCGUAUAUGCUGCGUGUUCAUGCUGGAUCGUUUCGGCGAUUUCACUGGCGACAGCUUCAUCGCGCCUGUCAAAGAGACUGUAGGCCAAGCACUCGGUUCAGUAUUGCAAUACCUCUCGCACGAGAAUGUUGUCGCGAUAUUCAAGCUCUGCAACACUCUCAUCAUGCAGGGCAACACCGACGAGACAUGGCAAUCGCAACAGGGUGGCAUGAUUGGUCUGCGAUAUCUGGUUGCCGUACGGAACGACCUCCUCCUCCAAGACGGCACACUGAUGGAUGGGGUACUCGCCGCCGUCAUCCAUGGAUUGGGUGGUACCAACGACGAUAUUCAAGCAAUCAGUGCAGCGACACUCAUCCCGGCUGCUAAAGAAUUCGUCGAGUUGCGUCCUCAGGCGCUCGCAGGGCUCAUAAGUCAAGUUUGGUCGUGUCUAUCUAGCAUGGAGGACGAUCUCAACGCCAGUACUGGUUUCAUCAUGGAUCUCUUGGCCAAGCUCUGCAGUUUUCCUCAAGUCCUGGAAGCCAUGCAAGCCAAUGCCCGUGAGGAUCCUACUCAGUCAUUCCAUGAGCUGAUCCCCCGCCUCUUUCCGUUCCUGCGGCAUACGAUCACGAGUGUUCGUGGCGCAGUGCUGCGUGCUCUGAUCACAUUUCUCGACAUCCAAAGCGCAGACUCUGAAGGAUGGAUUGACGGCAAAGCUCUGCAGCUGUUCUUCCAGAACAUCCUGCUAGAACGUAACGAGGGGGUCCUAAGGCUCUCACUACAGCUUUGGAACGCCGCAAUCAAAAGUCUUGGGAGUCAAUUGUCCGUCCAUAUGGAGCCUGUACUGGAUGCUAUUGUCCCACUUACACUCACACCUAUCGGUGUUGCGCGCCAUCCCAUCUCCAUGGACAUGUCGCUCCUCAUUCGCCCAUCGGGUCAAGUGAUGGGCCCACCGCCAGAGUCUCAGCCGAGUCGAAGGUCAACACCUCCCAGGUCCGGUGAGCCCACACAGAAGAAGAGGAAGAAGUCCCGACACGGGAAGGAAGAAUUACCGGCAGCCACCAGUGCGUCAACAUCUCACAAUGUUGAUGGACACAUGGUUAGUGGUGACCUUGAGCUCAUCGGCGCCGACGUUAUGAAUCGUUCCAGGAUAUCUGCGGCGCAAGCGCUUGGAAAAGCAAUAGCAGCUUGGCCAGAGGAGACCAGGCAAGCCACGUUCCAGCCCCGACUGGUACCUGCGUUAUCCUCGAGCAGCUCCACGACACAGUUGACAGCGGCGAUGAUCAUUGAGGAGUUUGGGAAGAACGUCACAAGCAAGGAUGCAUUGGCCGGAGCUUUGGCUCAAUCACUUCUCCCGAUCGUGGAUGGCGAACGGCCUUUGGCCUACGAGGAUCUUGUCCCCAAGCUACAGAUUGUGCGGACGCAAUGCACCGCGUUGCUUAACAUCUUCCGCGAUGGUCAUGUGCAGAACAUGCCAACCUUCGCUGUUGUUGUACAGGGUGAUCCUUCUGCCAGCCAGUUUGCUUUCGGUGUUGCAGAUGCGGAGAAGCUACUCAGCGUGCACUACGAGAAGAUGAAGAAAGCGAUGACGCCAGCAGCGCGUAUGGUAGCUCAUGCAAACCUAGAGAUCACGAAGAAAGAAGUGGAAUCGAGCCUCCAGGAAGCCAAGGAUAUCAAGGAAGAGCGGGACGUCCGCAUCAAAGCAGCAGCCGCUGGCGCCUUGAUCUGGCUCAACUCACCUCCCAAGAAGCCAUCGCCAGCAAUCAAGGCUAUGAUGGACAGCGUCAAGAGGGAAGAGAAUGUGGAGCUCCAGAGGCGCUCUGCUGCAGCUGUGGCUGGCUACAUUGUUCACCUUGUGAACGCCAACCGGUCUGGUGUUGUCAACAAGGUGGUCGGCAAUCUCGUCAAGUUCUACUGCAUGGAGACGGCGGAAACCCCGGAGUUCCACGGACAGGCGCACAUUGAGACCGGGAUUCUCACACUCAAGAAAGAUGAGGACAUCCGCGACCACCCCGAUGCCGCCAAGUUUGCUGAGGAGUCAAAGGCCGCCCGAAUUACUAAGCGUGGUGCACGUGAAGGUCUUGAGCAGGUCGUUGAGAAGUUUGGUGCCCAGAUAUUCGAGAAGGUACCCAUCCUGAAGGAUCUGAUCGAACGACCUAUCAAGCAAGCCUUCGCUGGCGCCGAACUCCCAACAGAGAUUUCUGACGAGGACGGCGUUUUUGGACAAGAAGUCGUUGAUGCCUUGUCGACUCUGCGAGCCUUGGUUGGCAAGCUACAUCCCGACGUGCGAGGGUUCGUCAAAGAUCUCCUCCCGCUUAUUGCGAAGGCCCUGCAGAGCAAGCUCUACGUACUUCGAUACGUAGCUGCCAAGUGCUUCGCAACAAUCUGCAGCGUCAUGUCUGUAGAAGGAGUCACGAUGCUGGUGGAGAGCGUCCUACCAACCAUCAGCGACGGUGGCAAUGUCCACGGCCGUCAAGGAGCAAUCGAGUGCAUCUACCACCUCAUUCACGUCAUGGACGACGCCAUUCUCCCUUACGUUAUCUUCCUCAUCACUCCUGUUCUUGGGCGAAUGAGCGACUCAGACAACGAUGUCCGACUUCUAGCGACCACCAGCUUUGCCACACUUGUCAAACUCGUUCCUCUUGAGUCUGGUAUUCCUGAUCCUCCAGGCCUGCCUGAAUCCCUUCUCAAGGGACGUGAUCGCGAACGCAAGUUUGUCGCGCAGAUGCUUGACGCUAAGAAGGUUGAGCCUUUCGAGAUUCCCGUCGGUAUCAAGGCAACACUCCGCUCCUAUCAGCAGGACGGCGUCAACUGGCUUGCUUUCCUCAACCGAUACAAUUUGCACGGAAUUCUCUGCGACGAUAUGGGUCUCGGAAAGACCCUGCAAACCCUCUGCAUGGUAGCAAGUGACCAUCAUCUGCGUGCCGAGGAGUUUGCAAAGUCUGGUGAUCUGAACUACCGACGCCUGCCUUCGCUCAUCGUCUGUCCACCUACGUUGUCCGGUCAUUGGCAACAGGAAAUCCGCCAGUAUGCGCCGUUCCUCUCCUGCGUUGCAUAUGUCGGCUCCCCGUCUAUUCGUGGCCAAUAUCAAUCACAGCUCAACAAUGUGGAUAUCGUUAUCACUUCAUACGAUAUCUGCAGGAAUGAUCUUGACAUCCUCAAGCCUACCAACUGGAACUACGUUGUUCUAGAUGAGGGCCACUUGAUCAAGAACUCCAAGUCGAAAACAAGUCAGGCUGUCAAACAGUUCCAGUCGAAUCACCGUCUCAUCCUAUCCGGUACACCCAUUCAGAACAACGUCCUGGAGCUGUGGUCGUUAUUCGACUUCCUCAUGCCAGGCUUCCUCGGAUCGGAGAAGGUCUUCCAAGAGCGCUUUGCGAAGCCCAUCGCUGCAUCACGUUUUGCGAAAUCGUCGUCCAAAGAGCAGGAGCGCGGCGCUCUAGCUAUCGAGGCUCUUCACAAACAGGUGCUUCCUUUCCUCCUCCGUCGUCUCAAGGAAGAGGUGUUGGACGAUUUGCCACCAAAGAUCCUGCAAAAUUACUACUGCGACCUCUCCGAGCUCCAACGUAACCUCUUUGACGAUUUUACGAAGCGACAAGGCAAGGAGAUCCAAGCAAAGGCUGGUAACGCAGAUCGUGACAGCAAGCAGCACAUCUUCCAGGCUCUCCAGUACAUGAAGAAGCUGUGCAAUUCGCCCGCACUCGUUGUCAAAACCCCUUCCAACCAAGCCUACGAGUCUACGCAACGAUUCCUGAAAAAGAAUAACACCCAGAUUGACGACAUUGUUCAUGCUCCUAAGCUCGGCGCCCUCAAAGAUUUGUUGGUGGAUUGCGGUAUUGGCGCAGCGGACGUCGCGACCGACAAGUCUGCCACCGCCACCGGCGACCUCCCCGAGGCCGUAUCUCAGCACCGUGCUCUCAUCUUUUGCCAAAUGAAAGAAAUGCUUGACAUGGUUCAGCACAACGUCCUCGAGAAACUGCUUCCAAGCGUGCAAUUCAUGCGCAUGGAUGGUAGCGUCGAAGCCUCAAAACGCCAGGACAUUGUCAACAAGUUCAAUCGCGACCCAUCGUACGACGUCUUGCUUCUGACGACAAGCGUUGGUGGACUGGGUCUUAACUUGACAGGUGCAGAUACUGUUAUCUUCGUUGAGCACGACUGGAACCCGCAGAAGGAUAUCCAGGCCAUGGACCGCGCGCAUCGUAUUGGACAGAAGAAGGUUGUGAACGUGUACCGCAUUGUUACGCGCGGUACGCUCGAGGAGAAGAUCCUCAACCUUCAACGCUUCAAAAUCGAUGUAGCGAGUACAGUCGUCAACCAACAGAACGCGGGCUUGGGAUCCAUGCAGACAGAUCAGAUCCUCGAUCUAUUCAACGUCUCCGCGGAUAGCGCGGACCCUGCCGCACUCCCCCCACCACCCUCGAAUGCCAAAGACGACGCUGUGGAUGAAAACGAUGCCGUUGACGCGACGGGUCAGCUCCGCGAGAACGGCAAGAAGGGCUUCCUUGACGAGCUUGGGGAACUAUGGGACGAGCGGCAGUAUGAGGAGGAGUUUGAUCUUGAUGGAUUUUUGGGCAAGAUGAAAACUUAGCGAUACAGUAUAUUCUGGACGCCCUAAGCAGGGUGGAGUUUGAACCUCGUCUUGCGGUUUUCUCGAAAGGGUAGUAAAUGUAGCAUAGCCGGCUUGCUGUGCUCUUGUAUUUGCUCUCCAGGCAGGUGCUUUGGUGUUCUCGGUGUUUGGGGCCACAUCAUGUCGGGGAUUGAUUGACAGGCAGGACAGGACAGGACUGUAGAUGUCCGUGUCGCUGGGUAUUGCUCCCCUUCCUUGUACGGCAGCUUUUGUCAGACUUAGCACGGCGUUGGAUGGCCUUUUUCUAAAUGGGCGUGGUGCGGUGUGUGUAUGUAUGCCUGUAAAGUAGGUCUUUGUAUCCGUCUGUCAGUAGACAAGAGUCCAAUAACAUGUAAAUUCC